AUGAAUGAAAAAUUAGCUUUUAAGGCAGCUAUAAUUUUCAUUGUAAAUCAUUCUAUGGUUUAUUAAUUGGCUUUAUAAUCUGAGUUAACUUUUGCCUUCUUUACCUUCUUGGGACUACUGAUUAUGUUUUGGAGAGUUUAACCUCUCGAUAUGGUCUAAUCAGUGUAAUCUAAAUUUAUCAUUCCUGCUACUAUUGUUUUCGGAAUUUCCAUUCUUGCAAGAUCAACAGGAUUCUUAAUGAUCGGAUUCACAGGGAUAGUAUUUUUGAAAAAGACAGUUGCUAGGAGUGAUAGAUUCUUUAAGAUCUACAAGUAUAUCUUUUACUCACUCUGUUCAAUCGUAAUUAUACUUUUGCCUCUUGGAGUUGUUAUAUUAUGGAAGCCAUAUGUAAUGCAUUGUGAAACAAAGCUUGACAGAACUGAUGCUAUCCCUAAGUGGUGUUUAGAUCCAGUUCCUAAUGUUUACAAUUACAUUCAAAAAGUCUAUUGGUAACUUGCAUAAUUUCAUUCUCAUUUCUAUAGGGAUGUCUAAUUUAUGGGUUUCUUGCAUAGAAAAGCAGAGCAUUUCAUAGUUGCUCUCCCAAUGAACAUUUUUGUCUUCUACACUAUUUACAGAUUCAUCUCAGCAUAAGGUUGGAAUUUCGUGACUUUUGGAAUAUUUGGUAUCAGUGAAAAUAAAUAACCUAGAAUUAUUGGCUUCUAUGAAAAUCCUGCAUUAAUCUCCUUCGCAUGGCAUUUUUUUAUCACAAUGCUGAUGAUUAUAACAAUGGCUAAUAUUGAUGUAAGAGCUACAAUCUUUUAACCUAAAUAGAUUAAUUCUAGAGUUGCUAGCACUAAUGUUCUUUAUUACUGGGGUUUUGCUCAUUUAAUAGAGGAAUAUUAAAGAGGUCAUCAAACAAACGGUGGAAAAUUUGUGACUAUUCUUAUGAUGAUACAUAAUCUAUAUUAUAUGGUUCACAAUUUUCAAUGGUUUGUCCAAGAAAUUAGUUUUGUUUGA